AUGGGGGCACGCGUUGUACGGAUGUUUAGGAAUUUUAACUUAGAAAAUCGGGCUCAUCGUGAAGUUUCCAAAGCUAAACCAACUCCGGCUCCCCGUCACGCCACACCUACGAAUAUUACCGAACCAGCCCAAGAAGUUACAGCAGCUAUACACAAGAAGAAUGAACCGCUUCUGUCGUUGCUGAAGUCAGUCUAUGUGGAGUCAACGGAUCCGGUUGCCAAGCCUACAACAGCAGUGGCCAAGGCUAAGGAAGAAGUGGAGCGGAGGCCUUUAAAGUUUAGUUUACCGGGAGAUCCCUAUGGAAUCUGUGACAUCACGGAUGUUCCUAAAGGCAAACUGUCUUUAGUGGAGGCUCUCACAGCCCUGAACAGCCAUAAACGCUCCCCUGAUUCCUGGACUGCAGAGAAACUGGCGGAAGAGUACUCACUAGAUUUAAAAGACACCUUAGCUCUUUUAGAAUUCUUUAUCCCCUUUGACGUUAAAAUUAUACCUCCGAAAGAGGAGGGCGUAAACCAGAUAAAGGAUUCCUAGGACCAAUAUACAGUUAUACAAGCCGUUAGUCAAAAGUAUAUGAUUAUUUUUAUGCU